AUGAGCGCUGAGAACAUGGAGGUGAGAUGGUUCCGAUACAAAUACUCUGCAGUUGUGCACCUGUACCGUGAUGGACAGGAUCACUACGGACAGCAGAUACCAGAAUUUCGAGGAAGAACUAAGCUCUUGAAAGACGACAUCACCAAUGGGAAAGUUUCCCUGAGAAUACACGACAUCCGACUGUCAGACAAUGGGCAGUACAAGUGUCUUUUUCAGUCUAGCGUAUCUUAUGAAGAAGCUUUAUUGGAACUACAGGUAGCAGGUUUGGGCUCUGAUCCUGUCAUCUCUAUGGAGGGACAUCAGGACGGAGGGAUCCGGGUGGUGUGCCGAUCAUCUGGAUGGUACCCAGAGCCCGAAGUGCUGUGGAGAGCUCUACAGGGGCAGCUCUUACCAUCAGCCUCUGAAAAAAUAUCCCAAGAGGACGAUGACCUGUUUCAAACAGAGAUUGCCAUUGUUAUAACAGAAGAGUCCAACCAGAAAGUGUCCUGCUGUGUCAGGAACCCCCAACUCAACCAGGAGAGAGAGUCAGAGAUUUCCAUAGCAGAGCUGUUUUUCCCAAGGGUCAGUCCCUGGAUGGUGGCUCUGGGGGUGAUCCUGGCUCUCCUGACUGUUCUCAUCCCCCUGGCAAGUUACUGCUUCUGGAAGCAACACAGAGAGAAAGGUGAAGUAACCCGAGGGGGGAAUUUGAUACCCUAUGACCUGAUAUGGAGAGUGAGAAAGGUCAAUGUCUGGGCCCAUUACAUUGACUGA